CCUCAAAAUUGCAAGAAAACACAUAUCCCAGGCACAAGAGGAGAUAGAAAGGGAGGAACAGCCAUGGCUUGUUGCUCCUCUUUGAACUUAACAUCUAUCUCCUCAAAGCCCCAAAAGCUUUCCUCUUCAUCAAUCUCUUCUCCCAUUGUUCAUAGGCCUUUUACUUCGCACUUUUCAUUUUCUAAAUCUUCUUCUCUUCAUUCAGAUCAAAUCCCAAUCACAACUCAUUGCCGGAAACUCCCCCAGCCAAAUGGUGCCGCUUUCAUGGUUUUCGGACGUGCUAGAAAGACAGAAACUUUGAGGAUAAUGAUAUCUGGUGCUCCUGCUUCUGGGAAAGGAACACAAUGCGAGCUCAUUACCCAAAAGUAUGGUUUGGUGCAUAUUGCUGCUGGAGAUUUACUGAGGGCAGAAAUUGCUGCAGGAUCUGAAAAUGGAAAGCAGGCAAAGGAAUACAUGGAUAAAGGGAAACUGGUACCAGAUGAAAUUGUUGUGACGAUGGUCAAAGAGCGGUUAAAUGGUCCAGAUUCUCACGAGAAGGGUUGGCUUUUAGAUGGAUACCCUCGGAGCUCCUCUCAAGCCAUAGCACUCAAAGAAUUUGGCUUCCAACCAGACCUAUUUAUUCUUCUGGAAGUACCUGAAGAGAUUCUUGUUGAGAGAGUGGUUGGCCGUAGGCUAGAUCCAAUAACAGGGAAAAUUUACCAUUUGAAGUAUUCUCCCCCAGAGACUGAAGAAAUUGCUACUAGGGUUACUCAGCGCUUUGAUGACACAGAAGAAAAGGUAAAAUUGCGUUUGCAAACUCAUCAGCAAAAUGUGGAAGCAGUUCUCUCAAUGUAUAAAGAUAUCACUGUUAAGGUGAACGGAAGUGGUUCCAAGCAGGAGGUAUUCACUCAGAUCGAUGGUGCAUUGACACAGCUUCUAGAACAAAAGCAAGGAAAGUUGGGAACUGUGGCAGCAUAGAGGAACAUAGGGAUGCAUUUGGAAUUUAUCAUGAAUGUCAUUGUUUAUUGCCAUUUCUCUUAUAUUAUUUUGCUCAAAUAUUCAUUCAUGUAUAGACGAGAAUAAGUUAAAAAAAAUAAAAAUAUUUAUCUGGUGGCAGCUUCUUUAGUUGUAUACUCAUGGUUUUUUUAAGAACUUUUGUAUAAUUGGAGUUUGGUACAACGCUUGAUUGUUUUUAAAAAAAGAUUCAAUGUGUAAGUUUACUAUGUUCUUCUGUCAUCUAAUCAAUGUGAAAACUAUAUGAAUCUGUGUAUUA